AUGGUGUGGCGGCGGGAAGUCAGGCGUGCUUCUAUCACGCAUCUAUGCACAGCUUUAUUGUGGCUGUUUACAUGUUUCAACGAAUUGAAUGCAGUUAAAAUAGUGAAAAUAGUAGUGCCAGAAAUAAUACAGUACGGUGUGCAAGACGCUGUGAUUCUAGACUGUGACUAUACUUACGGUAACAACACAUCGGGACUAGUAGUGAAGUGGUUUUUCAAAAACAAAGCUAGACCUGUCUACCAAUGGAUCGUGUCGCAAAAGCCACAGGACAUGGGGAUAUUGAGAGGUCGUGUUGACUUAGCCUACAGAGCAUCAAGCGAUCCAUUAAAAAUGCACAGAGCACUCCGCAUAGUGAAGCCCAACACCGACAUCUCUGGUGAUUACACGUGUGUCGUUUCAACAUUUAUGGAAGAGGAUUCAAGAACUAAGCAAAUGAUUGUUUUUGGUAAGUAA